AGUGAAUCCCAGGCCCCAGAGGGAAGGAGGUCGGCGUGUGUUGAUCUGUUUCCACGUGUCGGUGGAUUCAUUCAGAUUAAAUCCAGCGGGUUUUAACAGAUUAACGUGAAUCCAAUCCAAACAGCAGCGAUGGGUAAAAAAGGGAAGAAAGAGAAGAAGGUGAAGGGAGCAGAGAAGACCGCGGCCAAGAUGGAGAAGAAGGUUUCAAAGAGAAGCAAACGAGAGGAGGAGGAUCUGGAGGCUCUUAUUGCUGAGUUCCAGACUCUGGAUGGAAAGAAGACUCAGGUUGUGGAGACGACGUGUCCUCCUCCGUCCCCGAGAUUGAGUGCGUCUCUCUCUCCUCAUCCGGAGAAAGAUGAACUCAUCCUGUUCGGAGGAGAAUUCUUCAACGGAAAGAAGACGUUUCUGUACAACGACCUGUUUUUCUACAACAUCAAGAAGAACACGUGGGUGAAGUCCGACAUCCCCAACCCUCCUCCACCACGCUGCUCUCACCAGGCAGUGGUAGUUCCCCAGGGUGGGGGCCAGCUCUGGGUGUUCGGGGGGGAGUUUGGUUCUCCCAAUGGGGAACAGUUCUACCACUACAAGGACCUGUGGGUGCUGCAUCUGGCGACACACACCUGGGAGAACAUCAAGGCGACCGGCGGUCCGUCGGGUCGCAGCGGACACCGGAUGGUCCUCAGCAAGAAGCAGCUGCUGGUGUUUGGAGGUUUCCAUGAGAGCACCAGGGAUUUUAUCUAUUACAACGACGUCUACUCGUUCUCCCUGGAAACCUUUUCCUGGUCACGCCUCUCUCCGUCAGGCUCCGCCCCCGCUCCACGCUCGGCCUGUCAGAUGAGUUCCACGCCCGACGGCACGGGCGUCAUCAUCUACGGCGGAUACUCCAAAGUUAGAGUCAAGAAGGAUGUGGAGAAGGGAACCAUCCACUCGGACAUGUUCCUCCUGAAGCGAGAGGGUAAAGAUGGUCAAGAGAAGUGGUCCUGGUCCAGGGUGAGUCCCUCAGGGAACAAGCCUCAUCCUCGCUCUGGCUUCUCUCCGGCGAUGGGCCCGGCGGGGCGGGCGGUGCUGUUCGGUGGGGUGUGUGAUGAGGAAGAGGAGGAGACACUGGAGGGUGACUUCUACAACGACCUGCACCUGUAUGACACGGUGAAGAACCGCUGGUUCCCCGGCGUGCUCCGGGGAAACAAGACGGAGAAGAAGAAACGACGCAGGGGGAAGAAGGAAGGAGCAGAGGGGGAGGGAGGAGAGAUGGAGGGGGAGGGUGGGGAGGAGGCGGCGCCACAAGGACCCACUGAGGUCAUCAAGGAGAUCGUCACCGAGGACGGCACCGUGAUGACCAUCAAGGAAGUGAUCCCUGGAGCUCAGGUGGAAGAGGAAGAGGAGGAGGAGGAAGAGGAAGAGGAUGAAGCCUCCGUCAGCCUGGUGGAGCCCUGCCCGAGGUCCAGCGCCAUGGCCACGGUGCGGCAGGGAAAGCUCUUCCUGUUCGGAGGGAUGUUUGAGGUCGGCGACCGCCAGUUCACCCUGAACGACUUCUACAGCCUGGACCUCAACAAGAUGGACCAGUGGGACACUCUGGUUGAGAUGGAUCCCAAGACACAGGAGUGGCUGGAAGAGUCUGAGUCAGAGGACGAUGAUGAGGAGGAGGAGGAGGAAGAGGAGGAGAAGGAGAAGCUGAAAGGAGCAGAAGGAGCAGAAGGGAAGGAAGACGAGGUUGAGUCUGAAGGGGAAAGUGACGAUGAGGAAGAUGAAGACGAGCACCCGGCCGUGCAGGAGGGGGAGACAGUGACUGAUUAUCAGAUCCGUACAGAGACGUACUGGACGGGACUGGCCCGGACUAAAAUGGGCCCGGACAUCAAAGACAAAAAGGUCGCAAAGGUCGGCCUCGCCAUGGCUAAAGUCUUCCAUGAAGACCAGUAGUGGAAAAAACACCAAAUGUUCUGUGUGUGUGUGUGUGUGUGUGUGUGUGUGUGUGUGUGUGUGUGUGUGUGUGUGUGUGUGUGUGUGUGUGUGUGUGUGUGUGUGUGUGUGUGUGUGUGUGUGUGUGUGUGUGUGUGUGUGUGAUGUUACUGCAAAACGAUUCGGUAAUACAAGUGAGAUUUCAAAACAAAAACAUUUAACCAUCUUCCUACUGUUUGACAUUUAUAGGUUAUUUUUUUUUUUUUUCGGGUUUAUAAGAAUAUUUUAUUAUUGUUUUUUUUUUCAAGAUCAACAUCAGUUUUCAUUUAAAUGAAAUUAAAACUAAACUGAAAUAACACUUUUUAAUGCUGCUGCUGUCACUUUGAAACCACAGUGCUGAAGCUAACAGAGAGUUGUUAGUUACAGAUAGAAGAAGUAAGAGGAAAUAGCUUUAGUAAUUUUUUUAUUUCUUAUGGUCGUUCUUUUAUUACAUGUUUUAAUUUUUCUUUUUCUUGGUAUUGGAAGUAUUUUUGUGCACUUGGUUUAAACUCGUUUAGCUUCUUGGUUC